CACCAUGCAAUCGCAAACACUGUUUUUGGUCAUCACUGGGUUGACAAUCCUGUCGAACCUGGUGUCGGUUGUGACCAAGGAGAGGGUCCAGGGCGCGGUGUAUGCUGUGUUUUUGAAAUUGUUCUUGACUGAAAAAUAUAACAAGCUGAUGAAACUCAAGUCAGAGCAGUUGGCAGUUAACAAGGAAAGGAACGCGAUCAGCGCACAAGACAAUUACGCUAAAUGGACGAAACUCAACAGAAAAUACGAUGCGCUGGCCGAGCAAAUAAAGAAAGAAGAGCACGCGCUCUCAGGCCAGAAAUCAUCUAUAGACAGUUACGUCUCCAGAGCAUUGCAAUUAUUGACUACGCUGCCCAUCAACGCAUUAAAACUAUGGUACGCUCGCAGAAGUCUUUUUUACACCAGACCUGGCACAUUUCCUUGGGUCAUAGACGCAUUGAUCAUAAAUAUUCCCUUUUUAGCUAGAGGCUCUGUGGGGAUUUACGUUUGGUGUUUCUGUGUGAACAGGGUUUUUUGGAUUCUGGUGGAUUUCGUGAAACUGCUCACCGAGCCAGGACCACUACCGCCUUCUAAAGAAAAAGUUAAUUAAUACAUCAAAAAGUAAACCUCAAUACACCACUAAUCCCAAAGCAAUGACUUAAAUACCAAAUUAUCUGAUCCAUUCCAGAAUUCCAUCAAGCGACCCAAAUUUGCGUUUCUUGCGAGUAGGAUCCAACAGUUUGUGAAGCUGAACAAGCUGUUCGUAGUUGUCAGCUUCCUGCGUCAAAUUGUUCAUGUUUAGAUAGCUUGCGGAUCUGGUAAGCGGAUUCAGUCUCAACGGCUUUAAUUUUUUGUGGUGAAGUAAUUUGUCCACCACAUAGUGGAGCCAGAGCAGGUUCGUAGAUGGACUAUAAACAGACCAGUCAAUAUCUGCUUCAUUUUGUCCGGAAAGUUGCUGACGCAUCAGUCUGUAAACAUCGAACUGAUAGUCGCCCUUGCCUUUGAAAAAGUGAGGAGAAUCAAGGCCUGUGAACAUAGUUUGUCCACCAAUCCUGGCUCUAGACAGUGUGUAAUCAAUGAGCUUUACUUCGACAGAGCUUUGCUCAUCGAGAGUUAAUUCAGCUAAAGAGUCCUGAGGAAUAGCAGCGUCGGCGCUGCCGGCAGACCGUUCUUUGAUGACAAUAUUACCCCAAUGCAAAUCACGGUGCUCGAAUUCAUGAGCGUCUUGUCCUCUCUUCAAAAUCUCAACAAUUCUAACAAAUAUUUCUAAUGCUUGAGUCCAACUUUUGAGCUCAAAAUGUUCUAAAUCUUGCCCUCCAUACUCCAGACGGAUAACGAGGUGAAGCUGACUUUUGGAGUACUCAUCUGGCCUCGCGUUGUUGGAGCCGUACUUGUGAUUGUACUUAUCCCACAGGUGCAAUAAUUCGGACGGCAUUGGGCCUCUCACAACGGUUGCAGAUUUCAUCUUGAUGAAGCCCGGCACAGACGACAUGGCCAUGGUGAUACUUUGCUCCUGAAUCAACUCUUUCAGUGUUGGUUGAUUCAGAUUCUCGUCGCCAAACGAAAUAACUUUCCAAACGCUGUGAGGUUCCCCAGUAUUAGAGUCUCUUUCAAGGAACACCUCACUGUAGGAAGAGUCGGCGAGUUUUUCCAAAACCUUGGCUUUGGAUAGCAUCUUGUUCAUCAACGCGUUGAAGGACACAACACGUUGUUGAUUGCAAAGCUUCAAAAGUAACUUGUGCUGAAGAGAAUCGUACUCUUCAGCACGAAUAGCAAAAACCUCUUUGCUUUCACAGCGAGUGCGACUGCUUCCUGUAGACAUGAAAGAAGAAAUCGAGAGCAAAGACGAAGAGUUUCUGAGUUUGUUUUUAAUUUUGUCCCUUGAAGUUUGGUUAGGCACCGGUAAAGAGAUGUCAACCGACGUUCUGGAAUUAUUGGCGGUACCACCAAUGAAUGAUUUUCUCAAAUUGUUGAGGGUAAGUCUGCGAGAGGAGGAAGAAGAAAGCGUAGUUUCGUCGCGGGAUGUAAGCGAUCUUAGCGAAAUAGAGUGUCUGAGUCUUAGAAAAGAAGAUUUUUUCUUGAGCUGCGGGGACUCGGGAUCAUCUUUAGGAGUUGUUUGGGUAUCAACAAUAGUGUUUUCUGCGUUUUCGGCCGCAUCUUUACCAUCUCCCUUCACAGCACCUGCUAUUCUAUGAGCUAUUGAUUUCAAGCUCGAACCAGUGGAUCUUGUUGAUACCGAGGAGGUGGUAGCAAGUGAUAAGGUAGAUAACCGGUUGUUUUUUUUGUCUUCUCGUUCUGACAGCUUGUUUAUUGUUGUUUCCGCAAGAACCCGUUUUCUGUCCGCAGUAGGAGCUCCUCUGAGCCGGCUCAAUGUGUCUCCACGGUUAUCCUGGUAUACCUCAAAAGAACGGUUUUCUUGCAGAAGCU